UUUUUUCUAAUUUAUCAGCAAAUGUUUAUCAACUAAACUAAAUCAACACAAUAUAAAAUAUUAUAGGAAAAAAUUAAUACAAUAGGAAGUACAAGACCAAAUUAAUAUAACUGGCAAAGUUAAGUUGAUUUUUUAAAUUUUUAAUUACGGUGAAUACCAUCCAUACAAUUGUUAGACUAGUUGCAAAUCAUUCCAAUAAGUUAUGUUGUCUAUUUUUUACUGAUUUACUUUAAUCAACUCGGAAUACUUUUUCUUCGUGAUUGCUUAGAUAUGUUUUACAAUUGACAAUUAUAUAUGAAUUUUGAAUAGAAAAGGUUUUUUUCCAAGAGGCAAGCUAGCCAUGGCUUCCUGGCAAGGAAUGCAAUUGAAACUACAACCCAUCAUCAUGAUGCUAGUACAAGUACAAGUAGUAGUGGUGGUGAUAUUGUCAUUCUCAGCAGCAACAAAAGCAGCAGCACCAACAGAAGCAGAUUUGAAGAAUCAUGGCUGCGUGAACCAUUGCGGGAAUUUAAGCAUCCCAUACCCAUUCGGCGCGAAAGAGAAUUGUUAUCUCAGCGAAGAUUUCUUCAUUAAUUGCAGCGAUUCCCAGCCAUAUUAUGGCGAUCUCCAUGUUACAUAUAUAUCGCUCGACGAGGGCGAGGUAGGCAUCAUGAAUUACAUAUCUCAUGAUUGUUAUGACCUGUUUGGUACACCAUUACAGAGCAACUUUUAUCCAUGGCUCUUCACGGCCAAUUUCCCCAUAUCUAGUACCAAGAACAAGUUCACUACUAUUGGUUGUGACACAUAUGGGUAUCUCCAAAUUUUUGACAACAACAGUUUCGCUUUUGCAACUGGGUGUGUGUCUAGUUGUAUGAACAUGUCCUACGUUCCUGAUGAUGGAUCUUGCUCUGGAAUUGGUUGCUGCCAGACCUCCAUCCCAAAACAACUCAGCUAUAUUGAAGUUGAUGCUGGUAGCUACAACAAUCAUACAGAUGUAUCGGACUUCAAUCCCUGCAGCUAUGCCUUUGUUGUUGAAGAAGCCGCGUUUAAUUUCUCCAAAACUUAUAUUCAAAAUUUUACAGAAGACAUGGUGCCGUUGGUGCUUGAUUGGGGAAUUUUGGAUAAUGAGACAUGCGAUGAAGCUAAGAGAAAUUUGACUAGUUAUGCAUGUGGAGAUCAUAGUGAUUGUUAUAAGGCAGAAAUUGGUCAUGGGUAUCUCUGCAAGUGUUCCAAGGGUUACAAAGGGAACGCGUACCUCUCAGAUGGUUGCAAAGACAUAGAUGAGUGUGCAGAUCCAAAUCUCAACCAGUGUGUAGAGGAAAGCAAAUGCUUAAACACGCCUGGGAAUUAUACGUGCUCUUGCCCCAAGAGAUAUCAUGGUGAUGGCAAAAUAGAUGGAACACGUUGCACUGCUGAUCGAGUUCUUGUGCUUCAGAUUGUGAUUGGUAUUGCCAUUGGUGUUUUGACCGUUUUGGUGAGUAGCUCCUGGUUGUAUUGGAUUUUCAACAAAAGAAAGCACAUGAAGCUUAAAGAAAAGUUCUUCAAGCAAAAUGGUGGAUUAAUGUUGAAACAACAACUCUCUAGGCUAGAGAGAUCGACCCAGGAAGUGGUCAAAAUCUUUACUUUAGAAGAGCUCAAGCGGGCUACCAACAACUACGAUGACAAUAGAAUUGUUGGCAGUGGAGGUUUUGGAACAGUUUAUAGGGGAAUUCUAGCAGAUAACACGACAGUGGCCAUCAAAAAAUCGCAAAUUAUGAAUCAAAGUCAAAUAGGGCAAUUCAUCAAUGAGGUGGUUGUGCUUUCACAGAUCAAUCAUAGGAAUGUGGUCAAACUCUUAGGUUGUUGUUUAGAAACUCAAGUCCCUUUACUCGUCUAUGAAUUCAUCACCAAUGGCACUCUCUUUGAGCAUAUACAUAACCACUUCAAGGUGUCUCUAUCAUGGGAAAAUCGUUUGCGAAUAGCUGCUGAAACUGCUGGAGUAUUGUCAUAUUUGCACUCUGCAGCAUCGAUUCCUAUUAUUCAUAGAGAUGUUAAGUCUACGAAUAUACUCUUAGACGAUAACUACACUGCAAAAGUGUCGGACUUUGGAGCAUCAAGGUUGGUUCCACUAGACCAAGAUCAAUUAGCAACGGUGAUGCAAGGAACUCUUGGAUACUUAGACCCUGAGUACAUGCUCACAAACCAAUUGACAGAAAAAAGUGAUGUUUAUAGCUUCGGAGUAGUCCUUGUGGAGUUAAUCACCGGAAAGAAGGUGUUGUCAUUUGACAAGCCAGAGAAGGAGAGGAGUCUAGCUAGGUAUUUUCUUUCGUGUAUGAAAAAUGAACGAUUGUUGCAUGUUACUGAUGAACAAAUAGAAAUUGAAGGAAUUGUUGAGGAGCUCACAGAAGUAGCUAAUAUUGCAAAGAGGUGCUUAAUAGUAAAAGGAGAGGAGAGGCCUACUAUGAAGGAAGUAGCAAUGGAAUUGGAGGGGUUGAUCAACAAAAAGAUGAAGAAGCAUCCAUGGGUUAAAAUUGAUUUGAAUGGUGAAGAGAGUGAGCACUUGCUUGGUGGGAAGUUAAGUGGGUUUGAGUUAGAUUGUACUACUAGUUGUAGUAACACAACAACAACUGGGUACGAUAGUGUGAGGGCACAUAUGAUGUUGCCAAUGGAUGGUGGGAGGUGAUUUUUUUGUACUGUUGAGUCCACAAUGAUAACAAAUUGGGUGAUGGUUUGUUAUUACUGUCUUUUCUGUUUUGUAAAAUUAUGUGCCUACAUUAGAUCGUUUCAGUUUAACUUACAUUUUCAUAUGUAAUUUUUCAUUAUUGUAAACUAUUAUUCAAAUACAUCAAUAUAUAUAGGAAUAAUUUC